AAAUGACAGAAUUGACAGAGGUUAGUUUGACAUUGACACUUGACAGUCAUAUCGAAAUCAAAGGCCAAUGGCGUCAUGGCGUUAAAUUUUUGAUUUGGAAGCAAUCGAAAAAUAAAGUAGAUUUGCUGAUAUUAAUAAGUGGAUUUUUAAUUAUUAACGACAUUCACCAGUUUGCUUAACGCAUCGAAGUGACGUGGUAAAAUAUUUAUAGUUAUGAUAUUAGCUGAAACUCUUCUGUUUUCAUUGACACUGAUCGACAGCGGUGGAAUAUUAUUUCUUCUAGUUUACUACAUAAUUACGCUAUCUGACCUGGAAUGUGAUUACUUGAAUGCUCAAGAAUGCUGUGAAAAGCUUAACUAUUGGAUGCUACCAAAGUACAUAGCGCACAGUUUUAUAACGGUCUUAUUAUUAUUACAUGGUCAGUUGAUCUUAUUCGUUUUGAACUUACCUUUGUUUAUUUGGCUAACGUUCGAAUACUUUACCGUUCCUCGGGGGAAUUUAGGUGCAUACGAUCCUGCAGAGAUCCUGAAUCGAGGACAGCUCAGAAAGCAUUUGAAGGAUGUAAUGAUUAAUGUUGGUUUUUAUUUAAUAUCAUUUUUCAUUUAUCUAUAUUGCUUUAUAUUAGCGUUGCUCAAAGGCGAUCCCCUCCAGAGGUCAGCAGACGAUCAAAUUGUAACCGAAAUAUAAGAUAACAGAAUAAAGAAGCU